UCCAAAGAGAAUAUCCUUUUUUUAUGAGCAGGCCAGCAGGAAAGCAGCAACAAAGAGCAAGGCAGCAGCCAAGCGCACACAGCGCGGUUCCUCCAAUGUCUUCUCCAUGUUCGAGCAGUCUCAGAUCCAAGAGUUCAAGGAGGCCUUCAGCUGCAUCGAUCAGGAUCGAGAUGGAAUCAUUAAAAAAUCUGACUUGAAAGAGACAUACGCACAGCUAGGGAAACUCAACGUGAAUGAUGAUGAACUAGAGGAGAUGCUGAAGGAGGGGAAAGGUCCCAUCAACUUCACUGUCUUUCUAACGCUCUUUGGGGAAAAGCUCAACGGUACUGAUCCGGAAGACAUUAUCCUGAAUGCAUUCAAACUCUUUGACCCCAACGGCACUGGAGCAGUAAACAAGGACGAGUUCAAGAGGUUGCUGAUGACCCAGGCUGACAAAUUCACUGCAGAGGAGGUGGAGCAGGCAUUUUCGGUCACACCCAUUGACGUGGCAGGAAACAUUGAUUACAAAUCCCUUUGUUACAUCAUCACUCACGGGGAUGAGAAGGAGGAGUCUUGAAGGGACACUCCCCAAAACAGACCACACCUGGAAGGUGGGAGGCCAAGGAACCCGAACUGUGCUGGAGGGUUCAACCCUGCUGCCUUGUGAACUGUCACCACUGACGCCUCAGAAUGGUCAUAGCUAACAAACUAAUUCAUAAACAGUAUUUGUUGUGCACUUCAUACUUCACUCUAAACAUCUGAAAUGUGCAGUACUGAAAGAAACACAUGUUAUUGCAAACAUGCAUUUUCAUUUUAAAACACAUUAUCUGGUGCUGCACUUAAUUUCUCAGUUUUUUUACCUUAUUUGCAGGAAGUCUGCUUAAUGCAUUUCCUAGGACCUAGGCAAUUUCAGCAGUCUUCAAAGCAUGUUGCUGCACAGCAAGACAGUUAUAAAGCAGCAAGUUGGUUAAUGACGUGAAGCAAAGUGUUUAAAGGUUGAGGUCUCUCUCUCUCUCAUUGCCCUUCCAUGUUAAUAUUUUCUGUUAAAAUGCUGUCACAUUUCUCACAAAAUAAAGGAGUGUAUUCUGA